CAAUACGAUCUAUGCUGAUACUUGAAUAUAUAACUCCAUGAAGACGCAAGGGAGUCAUUCUGGUUGCUGCUUCCGGAGGAACAUCAUCAGUACACAAACAUGUCCGCCAAAGCUGUGCUCGUAUUCUGCGCUUCCGCUCUCUUGGUUCAGAGCGCUGUAAGCACUUGUCUCGGAGGCUUUGGUUUGGGCUACGGGGGUCUGGGUUACACUGGGCUGGGUUACGAUGGUUUGGGCUACGGCGGUUUAGGCUAUGGCGGUCUAGGCUGCGGUGGUCUAGGCUACGGUGGUUUAGGCUACGGCGGCCUCGGAUACGGCACUGGCCUUGGAGCUGCCUAUGGAGGUGGUCUCGGUGUCUCUACUGGUUCUGCCAUUGCCCCUGUCGGUCUCGCUGUGGCUUCUGAGAACGUAUACGAGGGUGCUGUGGCUGUCGGCGGAAACCUGCCCUUCCUGGGUACCGUGGCCGUGGACGGUCUGUUCGACACCGCCGGUGCUGGCGCUGUCUCGUACGGUUGUGGUGACGGCGCCGUCGGUAUCACCGGUGAGGGUCCCAUCGGCGCUGGUUUCGGAUACGGCGCUGGAUUCGGUGGCUACGGCCUCGGACUCGGCUACGGCGCUCGAGGCUGCGGCUGCGGAUGCGGUGCCUGGUACUAAAACUUCCAGUAUCACAAGAAUUGUACAAACCAUACGACAUUUAACAAUGCAUAACGAAUAAACGAAAGCA